AUGGCUCCGCAGGAGAACAUCAAGUCGUUCCAUCAUGAUGUGACAGAUGAGAAAGCUGGUGCUCUUCAAACCGAGGAGAUGGUUGUCCAGCGCAUCACGGAUGAGGACCUUCUCCGCAUAUCGAAGGAGGCGAUGCCGAGAUUUUGGACCGCGACUGGAUUCAGAAUCUGCCUGAUUAUCUUCCUCCAAGGUUGCAAUCAGGCAGGUUAUGGUGUUGACUGGGCUGUCAUCAGUGGUAUCAACGCGUAUCCGGCCUGGCACAAAUUUUUCAACAUCGAGAUCGAUGGCGUCAAAUUCGCACACAUCACGGCCUUGAUGCGGAUUGGUACUGUGGUCGGCGCUCCAUUCCUUGCCCUCAACGACAGAAUCGGCCGCCGAGGAGUCAACUUUCUCGGCAAUGCUCUCGUCAUAUGUGCUGCGCUUAUGCAGGCACUUGCUCCAAAUAUGUCUUGUUUUAUGGCUGGUCGAUUCUUCCUCGGAUUUGGAAGCGCACUCAUGUCGUCGCCGCAGUACAUCGCCGAAGUCGCUCCCGUUCACCUCCGUGGGCGUAUUGUGGGUCUGUUCGGGGCCUGUUUCCAGAUUGGCAGCGUGGCCAUGAACGCCGGAAUGAUUGGAACUACAAGGAUGGCGGAAAGUGAGACGAACAACUGGUCAUGGCGUCUUCCAUUGCUCUUACAGAUGUUUUUCCCGGCUGUCGUGUGCUCGCUUAUCUAUUUCAUCACACCAGAAUCGCCUCGAUACCUGAUGCUCCGAGGCAAGCGCGAACAAGCGAGGAAGGUCAUCGCCAAGUAUCAAACUACUUCGGGUUCUCUGGAUGAGCCUAUUGUCGACAUCGUUACCUCGCAAAUCGAAGAGUCUUUAGAGACGUCUCGCACAGGCUUUAGGCAAUCUUGGAACUUUGCUGUCUUUGUCACCAAGACUGUUCGUUACCGGUUACUUGUCCUUGUUCUCUAUUCGAUGUUUCAAUCAUGGAAUGGAGGAGGUAUUGUAUCGUACUACCUGACACCUGCGCUCAAGACCGUUGGGGUUACUGCGCCUAUAACGCAACUCGGUGUGAACCUCGGCUUGACCGCAACCUAUUUUGUAUUCACCGCGAUUGGUGGUUGGUUUGUUGACUACUUCAAGCGCCGAACGCUCAUUUUCGCCGGCCUGGUUGGUAUCGUAUGCAUGCAAACAGCUGCCACAAUAACUUCUUGGCAAUACAGCCUGAAGCCAUCCAGUACAACAUCGGCUCUCACGAUAAUGUGGAUGUUCAUGUUCCAGGUCAUAAGCGCCACUUUUAUCGCAACGAUGCACAACCUCUACCCGGUCGAGAUCCUGUCUUUGCCUCUUCGUGCGAAAGGCAUGGGUCUGUAUGGUGUCAUUCAAGGCGCAUGCGGUGCUAUCGAAGCUUAUGGAAUCUCCAUUGGUAUCUCAAAGGUGGGAUACAAGAUCUGGUGUGUGUACAUCAUAUACAACACGCUCCAGCUAGUCGCGUCGUACUUCGUUUUCCCAGAGACCAGCAAACUAAGUUUGGAAGAAAUCGACGCCGUGUUUGAAACGCCAGGCGUGGCGCCUGUGAAGAUGUCGCUCGACAUCCAAAAGGCGAAAAAAGAGAAGGCGAGACUCGACAGAGAAGCGGGCAUCGUCAACUGA